UGGUUGAUAAAAGUCGAAAGCACUUUUGUUUUACUUUUGGUGUCCCACAUGGUUGCGGUUGCUGUUCUUGAAAUGUGUUUUCAAAAUCAUGAAUAAAUGUUUCAUGUGUUUCGAAAAAUCCUAUCAACAGUAAUAACUUUGCCUCCUUUUUUGGGAGUAAAUUUCCUAUUUUUAGAAAUUUACCUGAUUCUUUUUGUAUUUUCUUAAUUUUUGUGCUGCUGAAUUUUAUUCCUGAUUGGACAUUGAUGAUAGGUUUUCUUUUUCGGUACAGGGUGAGAGAUACAUGUCCCAUCAUUUGUUGUGGUCUGUAAAGAAUCGUUUUGGAUCCACCGAUGAGUUUGGGGUAUUUGAAAUGUCCCAGUCUGGUCUUCAAGCUGCUUCAAAUCCAAGUGAGAUCUUCUUAAGUGAGAAAAAUUGUAAUUCAGAAGUUUUAGCAGGCUUAGCCAUCUCUGUUAUUAUUGAUGGAUCUCGGAUCUUUCUCCUGGAGGUGCAGGCCAUUUUUUUGAAUGUUGUUAGCGGUAUGAAGUUGACAGAGACAGCUGGGGAUCUUGCAAUUGCAGCUGCUAUUUGCAGUGGCUUUUUGGAGUUUCUAAUACCUAAGAAUGUAGGUUUUAUCGGAGAAGUGGAGAAGUUGGUCUUGGUGGCGAGCUUCGAACGGGUUGCAAGAAUGGAUAAGAGGCUUAACGAACUUAUUAAAUUGCGCAAUUUAAGAAGUGCGUUAUUCCAAAAGUGGCAGAGAAGUCGUUCAAAGCCAUUGACAAAGUGCGUUAUUCCAAAAGUGGCAGAGAAGUCGUUCAAAGCCAUUGACACAAGCGGGAUAACCACAGUGACUUGUAGCAAUCUGAAAGAGGUUCUGAACAAAGUAUUUCGGACAGAUUAA